AUGGGUCACAGCCUCGUCGAGCUCAAUAAGAGUGCGCUGCUGGAAGACAAGAUUGGGCACGGCUUACCGACGAGCAACCCUAACACUAGUCUCUACGGUGUGAGCUGGACCCACCAGCUACACUGCCUGGGGAUGAUCCGCGACGGGUUCUGGGACGUUUUCAGCGGCCGGAAUCAGCUCGUGGAUCCCUCUGCCAACAAGUCGGAUCCUCGGGCCCACUUCCUUACGCAUUUGAAACACUGCCUCGACUAUUUGCAGCAGGCUGUUCUUUGUUCCGGUGAUGUAUCGUUGGAGCCACUGGCUGAAGACGACAGUGGGAGGCUCAAGAUUAACGGAUAUGGGGCUUUGCAUCGUUGCAGAGAUAUGUGGCUAAAACCUCCACCACACGCGCCAGGAUGCUGUCAGUGCAUGGAUGAGCAAACACGCCGUCAGUUCGAAGCCAUUGGAUACUGGGUUUGA